AUUUAUUUCUAUCUUUACCAAUCUCACUCAUCCGAGCCCUAGGUUUCUUUCAGCCUCCGCAUUCGCCUCUAUCUCUAUUCUCGGUCUCAACUCUGAACUUCCUCCCCUCCCCCUCCUCUCUCUCUGCAACUCCCCAAUCGCCUCUAUCUCUAUGUUCGUUCUCAACAUCUCUAUUCUCGUUCUUAAUUCUGAACUUGCCCCCCCCCCCCCCCCCUCUCUCUCUCUGCAACUCCCGAAUCGCCUCCAUCUCUAUUCUCGGUCUCAACUCUGUAGCCGAUUCGAAGUUGGUCUGCGUUGCGAGUGAAGCUCUUCCACUUCUCCAACGAGUCACUGGUGAAAUCGCCAGUCAGCUUCCUUUAAUCUCAAUAUUCUACCGGUACCUGUGAUAAUGGGUGGGCUGCCAACACAGAACCCUUCUUCCGCCAUAACCUUGUCAGUGUCGCAGAAGAACGAAGGAUUAACCAUGACAGCAUCUGGGUCAAAUUCAAAGCCAAAGAAGAAGAUCUGUUGUGCUUGCCCUGACACCAAGAAGCUGAGGGAUGAAUGCGUAGUGGAACAUGGCGAAGCUGCAUGCUCAAAAUGGAUUGAUGCUCACCUUAAAUGCCUUCGUUCCGAAGGCUUCAAUGUUUGAAAUUGAUGAAGAUAACCAAAUUGAUAAAAUGGAAGAUGAAACUAUUUUGUAGAACCUGUUUAUUUCAGGAUUAUACAUACACUAGAUGAUCUCUUUCUCGUUGAAAAUUCACGAAUAAAUUAUGGAAAGCUUCUGACUGUUGCACACGAAUUAUAUUAUAUGUUCAUUUACUUGUUUAUGAUUAUACAUGCACUAGAUGAGAUCUGUCUCAUUGAAAGUUCAGGAAUAAAUUAUGGAAAGCUUCUCUUGGCUCUUA